GGAGGUGCCGCGUCUCAUCGUUUCCCCGUGGAGCUGGAGCUUCUCCUUCCUCGUGGCCUUCGUGUACAGUUGGGUGAGGUCCGAAUGGCUCCGGAAGAAGAUUCCGUUGAGAAGCUGUUUGGGUACCAUGAGGUGUCUAUUUUGCUACGGCUCGUUCCGGGCUCGCUGUGUGCUGGCAGUUGCCAUACUACUGGGGCUGCUUUUCUGGCGCCACGAAAGGGCGUUGCCCCCUGUGCCGAAGCCGGCCGACUUCCUUCACGAGUCUCUGAAGGAUACCUUCGGGCUCGUGUGCGGCCCAGCCGUGGCGGCCAUGCUCGUCUGCGCACCGCUGCGGCAGUGCAUCGUGGCGAUCGUCGUGGCCAUCGGUGGCGUCAUCAUGUCUUGCUUCUCCUCCGCGGCGGCCCUGGCCCUGUCCCUCUGCUUCGACGGGGCCACCCUCGG